AUCUCUUCUGUCACCAGUGCAUCAUGGAUACCUUGAAGUUUGGCGAAGAGCGACGUACAGAUGCAUCGGGGAAAAGUCGGGGCACUUGUCCGGUCUGUCGGAAACCGCUGACCCGUGCGGAUACCCCGGGCACCAAGAGGAAUCUAGUUCCGCUGCAGAUUAAGAUGAAGACUAGGAAGCGGAAGGAUGUUGCAGCUGGUUCAUAGCGUGUUGGUUUUCU